CGGUGCAAAGGUAACAGACAGACGGGGGCUCUAUAAAGACCCACUUUGUUCAAUCCUCCACUCUGUUCGUUUAAUUUCUUCGGUCUGUCUUGUUUCCAUCAGCACACACCAAAAUGCCCAGCAAGAGGAAGAAGAACAAGCGUCGCAUGAGGAGGGUGCAGGCCCAGAGGAGAGCCCUUGAAGAGCAACAUGCAGCCAACCCGCCGGUCAAAGCGAGCCCCGGGAUUGCAGUGAGUGCGCCCCCUGCAGCAGCCCCAAAGAAAGUGGCUAAAACUCCAGCACCAGCUCCAGAAAAGAUCCCAGAGGCCAUUCCUAUUGCUGUCCCCAUUGUGGAGACCCCCAAAGUAGAACCAGAACCAGUAGUGAUAGAACCUGUCGCCGAGCCCGUCCCUGUUGAGGUAGAGGCACCUGAGCCUGAGGCUGUGGUGUUCGAACAGACUCCAGUUGAGGUUGAAGUCCCAGCCCCGAUCACUGAAGAAGCGCCGGUCAUUGAGACUCCACCAGCGGAGCCCUCAAUUGUUGAAGCUGCAAUAGUACAGGAGGCUGAACCUAUCAUUCCUGAAACAGAACCAGUAACUGAGGCCGUACCCCCAGCUGAGGCUCCAGUGGUGGCUCCUGCUGAGACUGAGAUUCAGACAGAGGAGACUACAAUCAUAGCCACAGAGACUGAACAGACGCAUAAUGUCUGCGCACCAGAGACUAAAGUGGAGGCUGAGGCCUUAGCAGAGGAAGACGCACCCUUUGAGGCUGAGGUGGAAGUGGCCGUCACAGAAGCCACUGAAGAACCGGUGGUAGAAGCACUUACUAGUGACAAAGUUUUUGCUGAAGCAAAACCCACUUCAGACGAGGUGGUUACAGAAACAGUGGUGGAAUCGGUGGAGGAGGUUAUCGCAGAGAUACCUGAACCAGAACAGGUGACUGAAGCCGUUGUCAGUCCUGCAGCCCCAGAAGAAGAUGUCGCUGAAGAAGAUGAACCUGAAGUCCCCACUGAGCCUGUUACAAUGACAGAGGAUGCCCCUGCCCAAGCUGUGGAAAUCCCAGUGGUGCCAGUCACGGUCCCCGAGGCUCCGGUAGAAGAGGCUGAAGCCCCCGUAACUGAAGUCAAGGAGGCACCUGCCACCCAGGAGACUGCCGCCAGCCUAGUUGAUGACUUUGUUGUCACAGAAUCUGCCUCAGCAGUGGAGGUCGCCAUUGCAGAGUCUGCAGCUGUCGAGCCGGAAAUUGUGGAAAUGCGUGACACCCUCAACACCCAAUCAGAAUCUGUGGAUGUGAUGCCCACUGAGCCUGAGCCUGCUGCUGCUCCUGCAGAGGAAAUGGUCAUUGAUGCCACUGCUGAGCAGACAUGUCCGGAUGUGCUGUCAGAAGAGCCUAAGUCAGAAAUCUGUGACAUGCCAUGUCAGAUGCAGCUCGCUGUAGAAUCUGUGCAAAUCAGCUCAAUGGAGAUGUCAGUGGAGCCAUCGCUGAAUGGACACAUUGUUCCAGAGGUCUCCAUUGAGGGCUAGAUACACAUCACACAGCUUGGAAGACUUUUUGUCUUUAUUCCCCUUUGGUCAUUUGGAGGGCUUGAGGCUUUACAGGGAGGCAACCAGAACCACCAGGAAAUCGAAGGGACAUCCACACUUUGAAGUGCCUUUCCGGCCCUUGUUCCUGUCAAAAUACCAAACCAGAUGUCAACAUGCCAAAACUGCUGCAUUCAAGGCAGCACAACCGACUGUUGUCAUAAGUGCGCAGAAAUGGAAACAAACACAUUGUGGCUCCUUUUUUAACUGUUUCUCCCCAAAAGUACGUACAGUAGUUUUGCAUUAACAGUGGAAGAAGAAGUGCUUGAGAGAUGGAGAUUCAUAAAACACGAUAAAUGGCAGUGCCUGAUAUUUCUUGGCGUGUUCCCAUCUCUUCAGAACAUCUUCUUCCAUACUACAUACAUUCAGUGCUUGUGAAUACUGUAGCUUCGAUGAAUGUGUCUACAGUUUGUACUUGAGCCAAUGGGUGGGAGGGACAACUUUGUCAUUUAUUUUGUUUGUUUGUUUUGGUUUCACAUUUAAAAAUCACAGAUUUUACCUAUCAGGCCCUUUUUAUAUCCUCAAAGACACAUCUACAAACUCCCCCCUUACCUCCAUUUCUGUCCUCCAGUUCUCCCCUCUGCCACAAUUAAGUGCCAAUGCUAAGGUUAGUGUGAUGCUAAAACACAUCCUAAAGCUAGAGUUUCAGAUCAUAUGGCCACUGGAGAAUGACAGUUUGAGGAGAUAAGCGGAGAAGUCAUUUUCUGUUUCUUCUGUUCCUUGCUUUAUCUGUUUUUUAAGUCCUUUUGUAAAGACCAUAUGAUGUGCUACAGUUUUGUGUUCAAAGUCUGUGCUCUGGAGGGGAAAUGUAAUGUGAUCUGGUGAUGAGGAUCGCUGUUUAUGGGCUGACUUGAUCCAUUUUUGAAAUAAAGCUGUAACACAUCAUGA